AUGAUGGACAGUGUCGACAAGGUGGCAAAGUUGAUCCCCAAACUGAAGUAUCAACUAUUAUUUUUGAAAGAGCGUGAAAAACUAUUUAAAGCAAAUAACAGCACGUCUUUCUCGAAUGUUGAUUCGUCAUCAGUUAUCCCCAAAGAUCUCGAUUCUUCUUCAUCGUCAUCGGAUAAUCUUACUAUGAGUGAUUUAUCAGGUUUGGAUGUUCAUGAUCGGACAUUAACUGAAUUACAGGUGAAAGAAAAUAUCGACUCAACAUUUCCUGCUGAAUACACUAUCCCACAACUGCCACAAUCUUUGUUACAAGAUAUCGAAGCAGGUGCACNGCUGCAUAGAGAGACAGUUGGAUACACUGUAAAAAAAACAGUAUCGGACAGAAGCCUUGUCUUUUCUACGACCUUACAUAAACCUUGCAAGGGUUUAUGA